AUGGCCGACAUCCAGGAACGUCUGAAGAAGCUUGGCGCUGUGUCGCGUAUCGGUGGCAAGGGUACCCCCCGGAGAAAGGUCAAGCGUGCGCCGCCCCGGUCAGCUGCCGACGACAAGAAGCUGCAGGCGUCCCUGAAGAAGCUCAACGUCCAGCCCAUCACCCAGAUCGAGGAGGUCAACAUGUUCAAGAGCGACGGCAACGUCAUCCACUUUGCUGCCCCCAAGGUCCACGCUUCCGUCCCCUCCAACACCUUUGCCAUCUACGGCAACGGCGAGGACAAGGAGCUGACUGAGCUCGUCCCUGGUAUCCUGAACCAGCUGGGUCCCGACUCUCUGGCCUCUCUGCGCAAGUUGGCCGAGAGCUACCAGAGCCUCCAGAAGGCCGACGAGGACGCCAAGAAGGACGGCGCUGCUCCGGAGGCCGAAGAUGACGAUGCUAUCCCGGACCUGGUUGACCGCACGUUUGAGGACAAGGUCGAGUAA